UGACACCUACUACACAGAGGUUCGGCCAACAACAAAGGCGAAAAGGAAAAAGACUAAUGAAGGUGAAGAUGAUGAUAAAGAGCCAGAGAGAUUCUUCAUCUCAUCCACCGGCAACUCCAUCUACAAUGCCUCCAAUGACUUGGAAAGACUGCACAAAAAGUACAACUUGCCGAAGGUAAACAGUCAGAUGGCACGUCGGGUAUUUGAAACUGCAACAAAACACAUGCCUGAUGCCCAGAGGUCCAUGGUGGCAGACUACCUGAUGCACAGUUCGUCCACUGCAGAGAGGCGUAACAACAGGAUGCAGGUGGACAGUAAUGUUGUGGAAGCAAGUUUACUUCUGCAAAGCGUCGCCACAAGUGAUUCAGAUGGAGAGGAAGGAAGGCAGCAUGCUGGUGGUAGAUGCUUAAAGAUGGACGAGCAACAAGCCUACGACUUGCUUCUCCAGUCCUACCCUGUUACACUGGAUUCUGCACCUCCUAAGCGCUCAGAACGGGUGUCAGUGGCUAAGGAGCACGACCGUCAUUGCUACGACCGCUGGCGUGGUGAUCAAAAACAACUCAGAGUGCAGCAUGUCCUAGAUCAUUUUGGCAGACGGCAACCAAGCGAAUCCAGGGUGCGUAGCUGGAUAGAGAAGCAGGGAUGGACUGCUAAUGUUCCAGAUGCUGCCCUGGUGGUGAAGGCAUGGAAACCCUCUGGGAGAGUGGACACUGCCAUGGAGAGCCACAGCAUGCAGGAGUACAUAAAGAAGCAGAAGUGGAAAGGACUGGUUGCUGUUCCUGAGGAAGGAAAGGGCAGGGGUGUUGUAGCCACCAGGGCUUUUCAGAUUGGGGAGGUCAUCUGCGAUUACCAUGGGAAAGUAGUCAGUAGAAAAGUGGGUAUUGAGACCCACAAAUCCACAAUUGGCAUGGAAAGUGGAUAUAUGUUCUUUUAUACAGAUAAAAAUGAUCAAAAUAAGUGCGUUGAUGCCCAUUUAGAAGAGUGUGAGUGUCAUCCUGGGAAGCAAACAAAUGGCCGGUUAAUCAAUCACUCUUCAAAAAGAGCCAACGUUAGACCUAGACUUUACAGUUUAGAUGACAGAGAUGUCAUUCUUUUCAUAGCCCAAAAAGGAAUCAAAGUCAAUGAAGAAAUUCUAUAUAACUAUGGGGCGUGUAAAAAAUCCUUUGCUGGGGAGGGUUUGGACCUAGAUUGGCUAUAAACCUCUGCCUGAGUCAGUCUUCUGCAAUUGUAUAUAUUGUAAACAGUGAAAAUACAAA